GGGCUAGAUGACAAUACAGUUGACUUUAUUGGCCAUGCAUUGGCACUCCAUACAGAUGAUAGUUACUUGGACCAGCCUGCCAUGGAUUUUGUGAAGAGAGUUAAGGCAUUUGCUCGUUUGAGUGCCGUCUAUGGUGGAACUUACAUGCUCAACAAGCCAGAAUGCAAGAUUGGUUUUUAAUGACGUUUGGAAGCAUACUUGCAAAUGAAGAUCAACUGUUGAAUUUUUUUCUUGGACUGAUACUUAGUUCUAGUUGUAAAUCAAGAUUGAGUGUUAUUUUAUUUUUUUUGUUUUUUUUGUACUCCCUGUUAGUUCAUUUUGAAAUUUGUUAUGAUGUUUUUUUAUUUAUUAUACUUAAUGGAUUAUUAUUAAAUUUGUUUGA